UAUCAUUGCGGAGACUGGGACAAUCAGCACAACGGUGAGAACCCUUGGCGUCAAUAAGAACCCGGAUUGCUUCAAAGUUUUCACGUUAAUUAGUGACUGCGCCAAUGAUACACACGAUAUACACACAUUACCUGAAGAAAUGCUCUUUAAUAGAUGGGUGUCACUCGUCCCAUUCACGUUGGAGGGUGACAGUUGUCUAAGUGGGGCCCCAAAGCAACCACCGGUAAUGAUGGUGCUUAGACAGCGGGAAAUUCGCCAUAUAAAACAAGUGCCAAACACGUCUUUCCCUACACAUACUCUCCCUAUGGCAGUACCCUCCUCCGAUUAUGAUUACGUGACUUUUCAGCUUUUCCAGCCGGCGACGGCGUUGGGCACGAAAGCAAAGGGUGCUAUGCUUCCUCAGAAUCUGACAUGUCCAAUUUGUUCGGCUAGAUAUAUGCGGCCUACUCAUUUGCAUAAGCAUAUACGCUCUCACACCUACGAGCGCGUGCAUAAGUGCAUACAAUGCGGCUCUCAAUUUUCCAGAUGCGACGUUUUGAAACGACACAUGAAAACUUGUAAGGGACUGCUAAACCAACACUCAAGGACUAGAAGGUCAUGCGAGGCUUGUGUUCUGUCUAGAACCAAAUGCGAUAGACAGCUAGAACAACCCUGUUCUGGAUGCGUUGCUCAGAGAAGGGAAUGCGUAUUUAUUGGUAAACAGCCUCGUCGGCAUUAUGAAGGUGAAAUAACGGACACGUCCGGAGGCUCCCAUACUUUGUCUGCGUCAUGCACUCCGCCCUCCCCAUUCUCUUCUUUGCCGGCUACCAUCAUCACAGCGGAGAGCAAGACGCUUCAUCCACCGCCCAUGCCUUUGGACCGGUGGGCUGUGAACGAGGUUUCUCAGACGGUAUCACCCCAAAUUGAACGUGGUUCAAAUCAACGCAGGUGGGAGAAAUGCUUCGAUGGGUUAUAUCCGAUUGACGACUGGUUGGACCUGCACGAGCCAUUAAUUGACGGCCUCGAUUUCUUACGGUUUGACACUAGUAGCAAUGAAGUUCCGUCGUAUGAUCAUUCUUAUUAUCCAUCUCCGUUGAUGGGUAUUUUUGCGAGUGCUUCAGAAGAUGAAUACAUCCGGUACUUCUUUUCCGACUUCUGUAAACAUUUUCCUUUGGUGCAUCCUGCAACGUGGUCCACAGACCGUAAACCUUCGGUUCUCAUUCGCGCCAUGCAAGCGUGUGGCGCACUCUUCGUCAAGACAAGACAAGCAACAACAUUCAUCGAGGAAACGCUAUCCUCUCGUAAUCUUCUCAUGCGGGAGUUUGCUGCGAAACCCAUAAUCGAUCAAGACCUCUUCAUAUUGACAGCUGUUCUUCUUCAGACUGUCGGACUUUUUCACCCAGACGCCGAACAACGGGUGAUCACCAGCGUUUAUCAUGAGAUGCUGGUUACGAUGAUUCGCCAAGCUAGCUCGGUCACACGCCUUCGCUCCUGGAUGGUUCCUGACUUGAACGAUACACUCUCGCUGGAGCAGUCAUGGCGUGAAUGGGCCAUGCACGAAACUAUGAAACGCGUGCUGGCGCUCUCUUAUUUUCACGAUUGUUGUUACCCCAUCUAUUUUUCGAAAUCGCCUUCUUUUAAAUCAGCCGAAUUUGACAUCAACUUGCCAAGUGAUGACGACCUGUGGAAUGCGUCCGACCCAAUCGAAUGGCUUGAAUUGACAAGAAGACCUUCACGCUUUUCCACGGAUACAACGAGGUUGUCUGGCGUCAAUUUACAUCAGGCGCUUGCCGCCCUCGCUGGGGAAUCAGAACCAUUGCUCCCUCAUCUCGGCUAUGUUUUUAGCCCUACCCCGCCAAAUCCAUUUUCCCAUUUCAUUCAGAUACACGCUAUCCUCAGAGACAUUUAUUCGCUGUCCACCUCCAACAGAGACUACCUCCGUUUGCAGUCCAUUUUACACAACUGGCUCCGAACGUGGACGCAUUGCUGCGACAUCGUAGGACCGGGCUAUAAUAAAUCGUCCUUGGUCUACAAUGCCUUGCAAUUUUAUUGGCUCGCACAGAUUUCACUUUAUGCGAUCGAAAAGGGAGGUUCAGGAUGGUUAGACGAAACUGCUCGUACAGGAUGUAGAUUUGCCCUUUUGCGAGAAUGGUUGGGGCGCAUACGUGUCUUCCUACGACAUAAUCAUGAGAUACCUGCGCGCUUGUGGGGGGAAUUGAUGUUCAUUGGUUCUGCCGGCGGUCAGGUGUCCGUCCAUGCACCAGGCUCCGGACGCCUUUGAUGAUACAGUCGGCUCCAAAGCUGAGAUAGAACAGCCAAAGCGGUUCAUUUUCCUCUUUCUUUGAUGUGCAUUGAUUUCUCAGGCAUGUAUUUCAGUAUAUCUGUACCUUUUCUGUAUUAUUACCCCCGAACUCCGCAUCUCAAAGUUUUGUUCAAACAACUUCGUUACAAGAGACAAGAGGACCAUCUAUCGAUGAUGAAGAUGUACAGCUUUGGCAUUUUUGAAAUGAUACGUAAGUUAGUUAGGCUAUUAUCAAUGUCUCCGUAU